ACUUGUUCCAAUAUUUGGUGUUGAGGAGAGGAGACGAUACUAGCGAACUAGGCCGCCGUUGUGAAGUACGUGCACACUACACAAGUUCGAGAAAAUGGAAAAGCGGUGCACCGAAAAUGAUAAACGGUUCCUCAGACAAGCUUGGAAAUCGAAGGAGGACACCGACGGAUUGAGCCAGGUUGAGUUUCGCAGUUUCCAGGUUGCGGCUUUGGUCGUGAACCCAGAGAAUAGAGUUGUCGGUGAAGGCCUGAGUAAGUGGCCGCCGGGCAAACACUGGAUCGGGAAAGAAGAGUACAAUGAUUUCGUUGAUCAGGCUGAGAUCGAUGCCAUCGACCAGCGGGAUUUUCCGGGCUGCACCCUAUACACGACGCGCUGUCCGAAUGAGGAGUCCGCGAGGCACAUCGUCAGAACGCGGCUCGACCGCGUGCUUUACGUCGAAGAGAACCACCUGUUCAAGUCCGGACUCCCUCUCUUGGAGUCUGCGAAGGUUGAAGUCGUCAGAGUACCGAAUUUGCUUCCCGAGGUUCCCUGACUAGGAAUAUCAAUAGCUCCGAAUUUUCGAGGAGAAUAGAAAUCUCGCGGAGCUUGAUCCAAGGUGCGCUGACAUUAACACCUCCUUCCGUUCUCUUUCACUGAAA